AAGCAGAGGAAGUGGUUAAAAGUGGAACCGCAGCAGAGACAAGUGUUGUASUAGGAACCGCGGCAGAGGCAACUUCCGUAGCAGGGACCGCAGCGGAGGCAACUUCCGUAGCAGAAACUGCUGAAGUGAAACCCGGAGUUGAAACAGCAGCAGUAGAAAAUGCAGCAGUGGAGACCACAGCGGCAGCAAYAGUAGAAACUGCAGCAGUGGAGACCACAGCGGUGGAAGCGGCGGUGGUGAGAACCGCAACAGUGGGAAUUGCAUUAGCAGCAGAUGAACAAGCAAUGACAGGACGAGCARCGGAGGCAACUUCCGUAGCAGAAACUGCUGGAGUGAAACCCGGAGUUGAAACAGCWGCAGUAGAAACUGCAGCAGUGGAGACCACAGCGGUGGUAGCGGCGGCGGUGGGAACCGCAACAGUAGGAACUGCAUUAGCAGCAGGUGAACAAGCAGUGACAGGACGAGCGCGAUGUGGGGAUAAAGAAGAAAGUGGGUGAUGCAAGGACCAUCGCAGCAUGCGUCGGAACCACUUAGAGAGACGGGUGACAUGUGUAGGAUAGCGACGUUGGCGGGAGCRUGUGUAGCAGGUCCAUCCUUUAGCGAGGGUUGGUGGGGAAUGACCACGAGAAAGCAUGCGACGAGUGAGUGUUGUCGCUGCAGUUCAGAAGUCCCGCCAAUUAUUGCAGAUGCGUUCAAAUCUGGUCAAUUGCCCAGUGAACACAUCUGCCGGUUGAUGGGAAGGGAUGUUGGAGGURGCACUUGGAUAGCGAAUAACAGGGAAAUCCCAAGCAGCCGCUUUAUCAAACACGCUCAUGCGAAGCGAACCAUGAGAACRUACUCAUAGAUGCAUACCUAAAAAGGUACACGAGCCAUCUGUAGCCGUAGUUUCUUUCCUCUCAAGCCCAUAGUGCUCUGAAGGAGGAGGUAAUUGCCCCCAUGAAAGAACAUCAUCAAUGAGGCGGUAAGUGAAGGCGUAUCGCUGAGCAGCUU